CCGGGAUCGGAUCGGGGCGAGAUGGCGGCGAAGCAGGACCCCGAGGCACUUGCGGCGGCGCGGCCGCUGCUCACGGACCUCUACCAGGUCACCAUGGCGCUGGGCUACUGGCGCGCGGGGCGGGCGCACGACCCCGCCGAGUUCGAGCUCUUCUUUCGCCAGUGCCCCUUCGGCGGCUCCUUCGCUCUCGCCGCCGGGCUGCGCGACUGCGUGCGCUUCCUGCGUGCCUUCCGCCUGCGAGACGCAGACGUGCAGUUCCUGGCCUCGGUGUUGCCCCCAGACACUGACCCCGCGUUCUUCCAGCACCUGCGGGCCCUGGACAGCUCCGGGGUGACGGUGCGGGCCCUGCCCGAGGGCUCCCUCGCCUUCCCCGGCGUGCCGCUGCUGCAGGUGUCCGGGCCGCUCCUGCUGGUGCAGCUGCUGGAGACGCCCCUCCUCUGCCUGGUCAGCUACGCCAGCCUGGUCGCUACCAACGCGGCGCGGCUUCGCCUGAUCGCGGGGCCAGAGAAGCGGCUGCUGGAUUUGGGGCUGCGGCGCGCUCAGGGCCCCGACGGGGGUCUCACGGCCUCCACCUACAGCUACCUGGGGGGUUUCGAUGGCAGCAGCAACGUGUUGGCCGGACAGCUGAGGGGCGUGCCGGUGGUGGGGACUCUGGCGCAUUCCUUCGUCACCUCCUUUUCAGGCACCGAGGUGCCCCCUGACCCGAUGUUGGCUCCGGCUGCUGGUCAGGGCCCCAGGGUGGACCUGACCACCUGUGUGGAGGCAUGGCUGGAGCGUGUGUGUGCACACCUGGGGCUGGGGGUGCAGGAUCCACACCCGGGAGAGCGGGCGGCUUUUGUGGCCUAUGCCCUGGCCUUUCCCCGGGCCUUCCAGGGCCUGCUGGACACCUACAGUGUGAGGAGAAGCGGUCUUCCCAACUUCCUCGCAGUAGCCCUGGCCCUGGGGGAGCUGGGCUACCAGGCUGUGGGAGUGAGGCUGGACAGUGGCGACCUGCUACAGCAAGCCCAGGAGAUCAGAGGGCUCUUCCGGACCACUGCAGCCCAGUUCCAGAUGCCCUGGCUAGAGUCGGUCCCUAUUGCUGUCAGCAACAACAUUGAUGAAGAGGAGCUGGCCCGGCUGGCCCAGGAGGGCAGCGAGGUGAAUGUCAUCGGCAUUGGCACCAGCAUGGUCACCUGCCCCCGCCAGCCGUCCCUGGGCUGUGUCUACAAGCUGGUGUCUGUGGGAGGCCAGCCACGAAUGAAGCUGACCGAGGACCCCGACAAGCAGACGCUGCCUGGGAGCAAGGCCGCCUUCCGGCUCCUGGGCUCCGAUGGGUCUCUGCUGUUGGACGUGCUGCAGUUGGCGGAGGAGCCACCCCCCCAGGCUGGCCAGGAGCUGAGGAUCUGGCCUCGAGGGGCCCGGGAGUCCUGUCUCGUGAGGCCAGCCCAGGUGGAGCCACUCCUUCACCUCUGGGUCCAGCAGGGGCAGCUGUGCAAGCCCCUCCCAUCUCUGGCCGAAUCCAGAGCCUUUGCCCAGCUGUCCUUGAGCCGUCUCAGCCCCGCACACAGGCGGCUGGAGCAACCUGCACUGUACCAGGUGGCGCUGUCUGAGAAGUUGCAGGCUUUGGUGCACAGACUGAGAGCUGGAGCAUCUCUGUGAGAGCCCCAUGGUGGGCUGCCUGAAGUUAACAUGAAUCACUC